GAAAACUUAUUUAAUCGGUGUUCCUAUUGAGAAAAUUAAUAACCGUAAGCUUCCGACUGUCAAAGAAGUUUUAUCAUUAUUUUUUUAUCAACAUAAAGUUCUCAAAUUAAAAAUUUAUGAUAGUGCUUCAAAAACUGCUAGUGUCGUUCAAGACUGCUGGAAUAAUUUGCAGAUUUCAACUUCUGGUUUUUGCAACAUUGUAAAGAAAAUAAUUAGUAUUUUCAAAAAGUGGAAAUAUUUACUGUGCAAUCGCAAAAAAAAAUCACGUGCUCAAAAACAAAGAGAAAAUAGCUUUGAAAAAAAACUCGAACAAUUAUUUGACAUCGCUGGGAAGAAUAGUUUAAAAGGUUUCGAUAGAAAUAAUAAUAUUGAUUUUCAACUUCCAAUGUCUUCAAAUCUGCAAGAAAAUAAUAAUAAUAUCUCAGACGAAAAACACGAAGAAAUAAUGGAAAUAGAGGCGAUAGAAGACACCUCUCGUGAUUAUAACAGUAAUGAUGAUUGUGAUGCUACAACAUCUAGUCAGGAGUUGCAAUCAAAGUCAGAUUCAUUUAUGAGUCAAAAUUCAAAUGUGUCUAACUUUGAAACAGAUUUUUUAACAGCAAAACGGACACCAAAAAUUAAUAUUAUGACGCCAGAAUUAGCUGCUGCACUGGAUCGUGGUAAUGUAAGUAGCCGAAGCGCCACAUAUGUUUUGGCAGCUACUUUAAAAGUCGUAUAA